UUCCCUUAUCGCAUUCGUCUCCUCUCUUGAAUUGAGUCAUUCUAAAAUUAAAAUCUGUCUGCUAUUAACCAUGUUAUACUUCACCUGCAUCUGCGUGACUUUCAGUUUAAUUUGUGGAGGAUUUGGUUGCCCUAAUUUCCAAUAUCAGUGGUCGCAGUAUACUGUGGGCCUAAUCGACCAUGAACAAAAUCAAUCUUGGUUGGAUGCAAAGUAUAUCUGUGAAUCUUCGCGCGGGUAUCUUGCAAGCAUCACAACCACUGAUGAAGUAGCUGCCGUCCUCGGAUACAUGAGGAUGAACUACACAGACGGUAGAUACGCGAUCGGCCUAUCACGCCAGGCGAAUUUGUCUCAGGAUAUAAGCCUACCUGCAAACUGGAAGUGGGAAACAGGAGAGGAUUUUUAUGCUAAUAUUCAAUGGGAUUCAAACCAGCCAAACAUAAACAACACUUUACAGGCAGGGGUUAGGAUCGACAUCAAAACUAGUAAGAUCUUGGAUAUGAGAGCUAACAACCCCAUUAAAAAUAAGAACACGAAAGGAUAUAUUUGUGAAUUUGAUAGUCUGUAUUUCCAGUCUACGGAGCCUCGUGGAGUCAUUACGAAUGCUUCGUAUAUAAGAUGCGCCCUACGAUGUCUGCGACAGAAGGAGUGCCGUGGAUUUCAUCUUGAUGAUGCUGGAUGUCAGAUUAAAACGGGCCUGAACGGUGACCCUAAACGACAUUACAGUAAAGUAAUUUAUCGAAAUGAAUAGAAAAACAAAGACAGAAUUUGGUAUUAUGGAAUUUUACAUUGUUUUAAUUAGAUUAUCUCUCACCAUUGAUUUUGGUUAUUUACGAUUUAUAUAUUUACAUCAAGGUGUCAGUGUUUCUUAAAUUGCACGGUAGUACAGUAUCAAUAACAUAUUAUUAUGUUGUUACAUAUUUUUAAAACUGAGGUAUAGCACACGUAACAAGGGACUUGAAUGUAAAGUCAUAAAUAAAAUAUAUUUAUUAUAUAAACAUAAUCUAUAGAUGUAUAGAAAUUUAAGGUAAUACUGUACAUA